AUGGCAAUCACCAAGCUCAACUAUGGAAUGAGCCAUGCCAAACAUGGCCAUUUCAAAACUGCUUCCAAAAAGUACGAGCUUGGUGGCAGGCCAGCUUAUGCAGAUUCAGCUGAAGCUACGUUCCUUGUUGCCUGGGCUGUGAUUGUACGUGAUUACUAUGAGCAAGACAAUCCUCAGUUCAGUCAGAUCAAGCCGAAGCUCAAUAUUUGCUCUAAACCACCCAUGGAAACCGGCCCGGACGACAUUCGUUCUCAAGAGUGGAUUUUUCAAAUCGAGGCUGACUUGACUGGAAAGGAUGCCUUGAGUUAUGUCUCCCGGAAAAUGGAAAGAAAGUACUGUUGCUCUCACUCGGAGAUGAGUGGACCAACGGGAGUGUUCAUUCGAAACUAUUCCAACCCCCGAGAGCAAAGACAUUUCAAUGAACGAUCUCAGGUUCUGAAACAGGUUCAGUUCGAAAUUAUUCUUUUGGUUGAAAUUUUCCAGGAGAGCACCAUUUUCGACAUCUAUAUCAACAGCCAGAAAAGACCCGAAUACCAACCCGGCGCCGUACUGGAGAGUUUCUCUAGGGUCUGCCGAGAAAUCGCUUUCAAGCCAGAGGCAAAACUCUGCCAGCUCAACACAUUGGGUUCCCUCGACUCCAAAAAAGUCUUUCAACUCAACGCGCGAGGAGCAAACAAAAUACCCACGACGCCCGAGACCCUCCAUUCCCUCAUUGGGAAAAACUAUGACUCCCGCCCGAAUGAUAUUUCCCUUCUCUCUACUGAAACGCAUAUGACAUACUCUGAACUGGGCGAACAGUCAGCCGCAGUCUCUCAACUGCUCACAUUGAAAGGAGUCAAAGCCGGAGAUUAUGUCGCAUUUUGCAUGGAAAAAACAAUAUUCUCGAUCGUUGCUGUAGUUGGAAUUCUCAGAACGGGCGCCGUAUACGUGCCAAUGGACGUAUUCCACCCCACUGGCCGCAUUGCUCAGAUUGUGGAGGAAGCCGAAAUCCAAUAUGUGGUGACCGAUCAAGUGAUGAGACACAAGUUCGAUGGUCUUCCCGUGGCAUUAAUAAUGCCAGUUCAAUCUGAGCAGAAUGAAAUCCCUGAAAACUGGGCAGCCGAAACAAACCCUGACCCGUCCAACCCAGUUUACGUUAUGUUUACAUCCGGUAGCACUGGGUCUCCCAAAGGAGUUAUUCAUGAACAUGCGGCUGUUUCGCAGAGUCUGCUUGACUGUCUCGAAGAUCUUAAAAUCGAUAGCUCCACCAGAUUCAUGCAAAGUGCCUCACUUGCAUUUGAUGCGAGCAUCAUGGAAGUAUUCGCUCCACUGGUUGCAGGUGGAUGCCUCUGCAUGCCUUCCCAAGACGAAAGAAACGGCGAUUUGGAAUCGGCUAUGCAAAAGAUGGGAGUGACAGAUGCCUGGCUCACACCGGGCUUGACAGCACAGAUCAAACCUCAGAGUCUGAGUGACCUUCGAACUUUAUCUGUUGGAGGAGAGCCACCAUCUGCAGAGACUCUAGCUGUCUGGGCCCCACGCGUCAAAUUCAAUAAUCUCUAUGGAGUAACUGAGGCCGGCGUGUGGGACACAGUCAAGGUGGCCAUGAAGGCACAUGAUAAUCCAAAGAAUAUUGGCCGAGGCAUAGGUUCUGUUGCGUGCUGGAUUGUUGACCCGGAAAACGUCCAAAAACUAAGACCCUUCGGUGCGGAGGGAGAACUUCUUAUCCAAAGCCCAUAUCUUGCCAAAGGCUAUCUCAAAGACCCUGAGAAGGAGGCAUCCUCUUUCCUUGACAGUUCAUCUUUGAAUUGGAGACCCAUGAUCCAUGCUAAGAAUGGAUCUCGUCUUUAUCGAACAGGUGACCUGGCAAAAUUCAAUGAAAAUGGUGAGCUCAUUUUCCUUGGUCGCCAGACCGGAUUUAUCAAGAUUCGCGGUCUCCGUGUUGAUCUGGGCGAAGUCGAAACUGCCAUCAACUCGAAUAUUCAGCAAGGUCGCUCUGCAGUGGUUGUUUUAGAUGCCGAUCCCAGCAAUAUUGAGAUUGUUGCAUUCGUGGAAACAGAAUCCCACCCUAGAAAUGGUCUGGCAGAUGAGAUGCAUGGACAUCUUGUUGAAACUCUCCCUUCGUAUAUGAUUCCCAGCAUCUUCAUUCCUCUCAAAUCACUUCCACUUACAGCUUCAAAGAAGCUGGACAGACAGACUUUGAAAGUACAACUCUCCAAAAUGGGGCAGAGAGACCUCCUUUCCUUCCGCAAAGGAGGAUUUGAAGACGUCGCAUAUGAACCAAUUCCCGAAACAAGGCCGACUGCACUUGAUUUGAGUUUUGUUAUAUCCGAUAUGCUCAAGUGCAAAGAUGAAGGCUACGCGAUGUCUCUCGGUGGUCAUAACUUUCCUUUGGACGCCGUGGGUUUGACAUCUAUCCACUUUGUCUCCUUGUUAAACACCAUUCGCAAGAAAUAUGGAAAGAGUAUCAAGAUUCAAGAUGUGCGCCAGGCUUCAAUGAGUGUUUAUGACCUUGAAAACCUUGUUAUCAACGAUCAAAGUCAAGUCCCAGCAAAAACAGACCAGAGAGACCUACUGGCAAAUCUCAAGGAAUUAUUAUCAACGAUGCCCUUGGUACAUGUUCGUGGAAAGACCCUGUUUCUGACUUCAAUUACCGGGUUCCUGGGAAGUCAAAUACUUCGACAACUUCUUGAGACAAGUGAGGUGGAUCACAUUAUUGCCCUCGUUCGAGGUGAAACCCUAGAAGUUGCCAGAAAUAGGGUUCAAGAGCAAGCAGAGAUCGGAAAAUGGUGGCGUGAUGAAUUCCACGAUCGUAUUGAGAUUUGGCUCGGCGAUCUCAACAAGCCCCAACUUGGCCUGGAUAAGUCCAACUGGUCCCGAUUAUUUGCCGAUGGCAAGCAGCGCAAGGUUGAUGGGAUAAUUCACAAUGGAGCAAAGGUUAACUGGAUGGACAACUACGAGAAUCUGGAGAAGACGAACGUCCACAGUACCGCUCAUAUCCUAUCUGGAAUGGCUACUAUGUCCAAUCCAUUCCCUUUAGUCUACGUGUCUGGUGGAUACAUGCCCGCCGAAGAAGAAACACAUCAAGAAAUUGCCAAGAGUCUCUCUGAUGCUUGUGGAUAUGACCAGACAAAAUUCAUGUCCGAGCUCCUGAUUAACGAAUACAACCAGCAUUUGGAAUUGGCCAACCCGAUAGCCCCACGGGCGCGCACUAUUAUACCCGGUUUCAUCGUUGGGACCCAAAAAGAAGGCAUCGCCCAUACGGAAGAUUUCUUGUGGCGCUUUGCAUUUAGUAUCUCCAGACUGCAAGCUAUAAGUAAAGAUUUUGGUCAUCUUACUGUUGCUGGAGUGGAUCAGGUAUCCGAUCUCGUUUCGAAGAUUAUCUUGCGACCGAGAGACUACCCUGUCGAGACGAUCAGACUUUUCGAUGGUGUAUCGACACCGACAAUGUGCCGGGUAUUGGCUGAGAAACUGAAUAUUAAGAUACGACCCAUGGAGCAUAAAGAAUGGAUGAAGCUCCUACGCGAGGAUGUGGAGGCAGCGGAUUUUGAUCAUCCCUUUGCACCUGUCCUAGCAUGGUUUGAAGAAAGCGUCUGGCAGUUCAUGGAUGGCCAAACCAAUACUUGGAAGAACAAGUUCUAUAACGAAGAAGAUAUUCUUAAGUCACUGAAAAGUAGUGUUGGUUAUUUGAAGAAUUUGGGGUAUUUUGUCGAUGGUGGGUUAGGCGCUAAUGCUGAAAACGCUGCCAUUUUCACGCGAACCAAAUAA